GUAAGAGUGAGCUAGUAGCUGUGCAUCGAGCCGAAGGUAUCAGCAGCUGCCGCCACGCUGUCCUGGUGACAUUUUCUGGGAUCAGUUUUUCAGGUCGGUUAUUGGGAGUCCUCAUUACCUGUUGACCAAUGGCGUGGUGGCUGUGGCUGUUGGUGCAGUUGGUGGUGUGCUGCUGUGCUGGCUUGGUGGCGGUGCUGUGGUGGAAGUGGGCCAACAAGCCCCACAUCGACGCUCCAGGUCCACCAACACUGCCGAUAAUUGGGAACAUUCUGGACUUCCUCGAAAUGCCACUGACCCUCCAUAAGAUAUUCGACCUGCACCGCCAGUAUGGGGACUUGACAAGGCUGUAUGUGGGGCCAAUGCUGCUGGUGAUGGUGGCACACCCAGACGAUGUGCAGCACGUCCUGCUGACGUCAAAGCUGAUAGACCGUGGCACCUUAUGCACCAACGCUAUGCGGGCCUUCGUCGGUGAUGGGUUAGUCACCAUUGAUGUUAGCCGGUGGAAGGUGCACCGCAAACUUAUCAACCCCACAUUCCACUCUGAGAUUCUGGAGGGAUUUCUGGAGGCUUUCCACGAUGGCGGUCUCUUCGUGAGCGAGCGCCUAGCCCAGACUAGAGGCGCAGCUACCGAGGUUCACCCUUCAGUGUUCUUGGCAGCCUUCCGUGACUUCUGCAGCACCGUCAUCGGCAUGAACCCCGACCUUGUCAUACCAAACGCCUUGGCAGAGGAGAUGUCUGCCGCAGUGAACGAUGGUGUGACCACUGUGCAGAUGAUGAUACUGCGGCCAUGGAUGCAGAACAAGUUCCUGCUGCAGCUGACCUCCAAAGGACGUGGUGUGUUCAAGUUCGUGAAAAUUAUGCAGGACUGGGCCCUUAAGUGCAUCGCCAUGGGGUCGGCAGCCGCAGAGGAUGGACCUACCAAGACACGCCAGCGUCUGCUGGAAGCUCUUCUCAAGCCAGGCAAUCAGACUGCAAUGCCACUCGAUGAGGUUCAGGGAGAGCUGAUGAAUCUUCUGAUAGCCGGCACGGAGACGACGGCCGUGACCGUCAGCUACACGCUGGCUCUGCUGGCCCUCCACCCCGAGUGGCAGGAUGCAGCCCACCAGGAGCUGAAGGACGUCUUUGGCGAGGGUGACGACUACCUGCGGGCACCCAGCCUGGCAGACCUAGGCAGACUCAGGGUGCUGGAGAGCAUCAUCAAGGAGACACUGAGACUGUUCCCAACGGUCCCAAUACUUCCUCGGAUGGCCACAGGAGACCUUUGGCUGUCUGGAGGGUCUGGACGGAAGGUUUUGGUCCCUGAGGGUACCCUGCUUCUUGUGAUGCCCUUCCUCACACACCGCCUGCCGCAGUUCUUCCAGGACCCACAGCAGUUCGACCCUUCGCGCUUCUUGGAGGACCGCGUCGGCAAGGAGCAUGCAUACACCUACCUGCCAUUUGGGUUGGGAGCGCGCAGCUGCGUGGGUUCCCAAUACAGUCGCCUGCAGCUCAAAGUCUACCUGUCAGACAUACUGAAGCGCUUCCGCUUCCUGCCAUGUAGCCAACGGGAGGAUCUGGAUGACAGUGCGCUCGCCUUCAGCCUAAACCCUGUCAAGCCAAUCAGAGUCUCAUGCAUUCCUGUGGAUGGCUGCAAUACAUAGAACCGCCCUUAACAUUGGUGAUCGUCAUAUUGGCAAAUGUCCUGAGAUGGUUUUCAUUCCUGGUCCUGAGAAUGUCAACACAGUCUCCGUCAGUGACACUGUCAAAUGGAGCACAGUCUCCUGCAAGCUUCUGCAUGGUUCCAGCACGUUUGGCCACCCUCCUCACGGCUGAAAAUUAAUAUAUUCCAGGCCAUUAUCCUGAGACACUUCACCUUUCUGCUGCACAGCCACUGGGAUGAUUCGGUGGACAAUGUGCUCUCCAUCACGCUACAGACCAUUUAAGUCUAAACAGCUUAAUGGCCUGUAGCUUCAUUGAUAUCUUUCACGCUGUAGUACAUCUGUCUACAAAUGCUUCUAAACCUCCUAAAUGUGCAUACAUACCUACAACUAUCACCAUAGUCAUCCACCUCCAGAAACUGAACUUAUAAUAACAUUAAAAUCAAAAUGACACACUCUAAAUACAUAGUUUUUUUACUGUGCAUUCCAGUAACUUUAGUUGUAACUGCUCCCAAGAUCCUGUAUACUGUGAAGUAUGAUCGAUGACAAUUUUAUCUGCUUGGCUUUGCAGAUGUCUGCUAACUUGCGAACAUUUUGAUUUUUCUGUUUUUGUAAGUUGAAUUUUUGGAGCUAAUACUUAGAUGGCUGUAGAGAUAGUCGCUCGCAGCCUUUAAAAAUCUUUUCAGAGAUGUAAUGUUGUAUUAUCGCCAAUAAAGAGAUAUUUAAUGGAAAGGAUUCCACUGAUCUGACUAAAAGCCAAGGGCCUCUGCUGGAUUGUAGGACAUAUGACCACACACCACAGUCCUACAUCUGGAGGUCUUCCUCAACAUUUUUUUGCGCUGCUUCCGCUUUUCCUCCAAAUUGCUGCUAUGAGAACCUGGAGAACAAUGCAGUCUCUAUCAGCCACACACCAUCCAGAUUUUUAGGCCUCCUACGUGCAUCUGCAGGGUUUCGGCAUAUAGAACCAUUCGCUGUAAUACUGAAGGUCUUUUUGUCAAAUAUUCCAGAGUGCUUCUGAUCUCUCCUGCGUGCCUCUGCACAGGUCCAGCAGCUAAGGACUACCCCUCGCACAGCUGAAGCUGAAGGACUUUCUAGGCAAUACACUGAGGUGAUUUUUCUUGCUGCUGCACACCUCCUGAGAGAACCUUGAGGACAACGACCUCGCCAUCUACACACCAUUCAGCUGAUCAGUCGCCUGCAUGCCUCUGCAGGAUCACAGCACUGCUGAUGAUGAAUAUCCUCCUGGCCAACAUCCUGAGGUCGCUGGGAGUACCUGGAGGACAGUCCAUUGUCCACCACCCUACACAUCAUCAAAUCGAACAGGUUUUCUUUUGUGUCUGUUCAUAAUCUCAGCACAUAAGACCACCCUCCAAGCUACUGAAACUGAAGGUGUUCCAGGUGAACAUCACGAUGGUGUUUCUGCACAGUGUAGGUACUGGACAAACAUUGGGGACAAUGUGCUCUCCAUCAGCCAACACAUCAUCCAAUGGAUCAGUGUGUGCUCUGAGCCUCAGCAAGGCCCUAGUAUGUAGGAUUAUUCGCCACACUGCCAGAGAUGGAAGUCCUACUGUUCCAUAUCCUGAGGCUUUCCCAGUUCCUCCCACACAGCUUCUGGGAGGACCUGGAGGAAAAGCUCCCCACAAGCCAACAUACCAUCCAGCUGAUCAGAGUUUCCUUCAUGUCUGCAUGAUAUCCUAUCACAUAGGAUCACCUUCCACACAGCUGGAGCUAGUAGUUCUAAUAUCCUGAGGUUCCCUCGCUUAAUUCCACAUUCUGGGUGGUUAUAAUUCAAGUGGAGCUACUCAAGGAGGUCUAGUGUGGGCCAUGAUUAUCGUACAGCAGUGAAACAUGGUAGAUAUGCUAACGCCUUAAUGAAGAACCGAUUUACGCUGGAGAACACAUUAGUUCCGACUGUGGGCGCUAGUUCCUGUACACUGUUUGUUCAGAGGUAUGAGGUCCACGCUGUCAUUUGACAAGCCAUAACGUGAGUGAAUAGUAUGGCUAUAGAGAAGGGAUUGUGAACUAUUAGUGAAAGUGUUUUAUGUGAAUGGCAAUCAUUACAGUACUGCAUUGAGAGAGGCUUGAUGAAUGAAAGGUCUCAGGAGAGGUCCGAUGCCAUUAAAUAGUUUAGAUGAUAACAAUGAAAUUCGAAAACAUGGAUGAGCUUUACGAGGCACCUACAAGAGAAAGGCAUCCUGUCCCACUGGAAGAUACUGAUGAGUUUUCUGUUGCUGUAACUGACCAAGCAGCAUGUGCCCCAGGUAGCGCUAGUGUUCGUUGAAUGUCACGAGAAUUAUCUAUCCCAUGGCCAACAAUAUGGAAAUUUUUGUGGUCUAUUUUACACUGGUACCUGUACAACGUACAAACGGUGCAGCAACUAAAACGUCAUGAUCUGCAGCAAUGUUCUGAAUUUGCUGUUCACUUUGAUGAAAUGUAGCCAGGCAAUAUUCUAUGGAGUGGUGAGGCAUAUUUUACACUACAGGCUACAGUGAAUACACAGAAGUGCCGAAUUUUGGGAACUGUUAAACGGUGUUGUACAUGAAGAGCCAUUAUAUUUGCCAUACUGAUUUAUUGAUCCAUUUCAUCUACAGCUGCACUAUGUGCAAGAUAUAUUUGGAUUUUUAUGUUAAUAUUAACAGUUUUACAUAUAAUACACCUUUGUACAUAAUAACACACAUUAAUAUAUGAAUUAAUGAUGAAUACUUAAAUAAAUGUUGUUACGCUAUAUACAGAGAGAUAAAAUACAAAUGUUCUUCUGAAUGAGACUGCAUUGGUUUAGAAUAGAAAAAUUUAUUUUUGUAGGUAUGCAUGUACUGUGUAAAAGCAGUGAUCAACCAAGUAUGACUUCAAUUUAGAUUUGAAGUGACCAAUGUUUUGUAUGUGUUCAAUGGAAUCUGGUAAGGCACUGUAUAACUUGAUACUAGGAUGGAUAAGAUCGUUUUGAAAUAACUUCGUCUUGGCGCUUUGAACAUGUACAUCCAAUUUUUGUCUUGUAUCAUAGCUGUGUAUUGUGUUAUU